AAAAGUUAAAAGGAGUCAAAAGUCUCUCUCCACUAAUUCUCUUCAACACUCUCUCUACCAGAAAUUUUCUUUCUUUCCCGGCGACGAUUAGUUUCGCCGGAGCCGGAGAGAAAACGCAGACGAGCUCGAAGAAGAAGAAGAAGAUCUAUCAGUCGUUUACUGUUCUUGACCCUCGGGAAGGAUGAAUGGUUCACGUAAGCGAUCAAUCGUCUACGCCAUUCGAGAUUACCCACUUGGCUGUGGAACUCACCCUCAGAGAUCCAUCAAGAUUCCAAGAACUAGUGAUGUCAAGCAACAAGACCCUGCAGGGUUUAAAAUCCCUGUUCGUGAUUGCGAUGUUGCAGCUCCUACAUAUAAGAGAACCUGUUUGAAACAAGAGCCAGCCUUUAGAAACCCUCUCCAUGAUCGUGUUCUUGCGGCUCCAAGGUUUAAAGGAGCUUGCUCCAAACAAGAAGCAGCUUUUAGAAGCUCUGAUCAACAUGUUCUUGCUGCAGCUCCAAAACCGCAAGGAGCUUGUCUCAAACAAGACCCAGAGCUUAAAAACUCUGUUCGUGAUUACACUGUUGCAGCUCCUUCGCCUAAGGGAACAUGUCUCAAACAAGAGCCAGCCUUUAGAAACUCUCACCAUGCUCCUGUUGUUGCAGCUCCAAGGUUUAAAGAAGCUUCUUCUAAACAAGAACCAGCGUUUAGAAGCUCUGAUCAACACGGUCUCACUCCUCGUGAGCAAGUGCUUGAGGUCCUGCGUCUUUUCAAAGAUGUGUUCAGACAGUUGGACCGAGAUAAACAAGCGAGGCUCCUCGGCGGAGACUUAUUCGACGCUACAGCUAGAAUAGACAUCCGAACGCUAGAUGUGUUAGAGAAAAUGGGGAAACAAGUCAACACAGAGAAGAGAAUCGGAGUGGUUCCUGGAGUCAACGUUGGAGACGAGUUUCAGUACAAAACCGAACUCCGUCUUGUCGGGCUUCAUUUCAAGACCAUGUGCGGGAUCGAUUACAUGAAUGUCGGAGAUGUUAAGCUUGCAACAAGCAUCGUUUCCUCGGAAGGGUAUGGUUACAGCGAUAAGUUUGGUGCAGGUGUUGUGGUUUAUACAGGUGAAGGAGGUAACGUGGUGAGCAAGGAAAAGAAAACUGAAGAUCAGAGAUUGGUUAAAGGGAACUUGGCUUUGGCUAAUAGUAUGAGGAAGAGGAGUUUAGUGAGAGUGAUACGUGGUGAAGAGAGGCUGGAUAAGAAAGGGAAGCGGUAUGUGUAUGAUGGAUUGUAUUUGGUUGAUAAGUACUGGUUAGAGAAGGAGGUUAGAGGUACUACUGUUUACAAGUUUAAGCUUUGUAAAGUCCCUGGUCAACCUCCUCUCUGUUGACUUGAGAAGAAUUACUUUUAGAUGUAUGAAAUAAAUUUGAUAUUGUGCAAUAAGAUUUUGAGGGGACAAGGUCGAUUUUACUAACUUAAAA